CGCUUGCCAGAUGCUAUGUAAUCGGGGGUGGAAGCAAUUCACCUAGUCACUCCGGCAGCCUGAUGGAUCUGCGGACCUCCCUACAGUAGAGAACUCCGCACAAUACACGCAUUUAUUGGCUACCCCAUUAUUAUGCACAGCGACCGACGUGCUCAUCUCACGAAACAAAAAGCAAAUUUUCUCAAGGACUGCCUGCCUAGUUUCCUCAACAAAGAGAACAAACAAAGAUGAGGAGAGGCUUGCAUUGUCAUCAGAGUGAAAUUGACUCUGCAAUCGGUUCCUUCAGUGCUGGGCAGUGCGGUUCGAUUCACGUUUCCUCGCGCAUGUUGGGCAGCAUGAUAUAUGUAUAUGGGUUUUUGCAUGCGCCGUACGUCUACGUCGAGCGCGCACGGACCAAAUAUAAUUGCACAGGUCCUCAGUACUCGGCUCGCGUGCAUGUGCAUGCAAUGAUUAUGUGGCCGUGUAAGAGGGGUCAGAGGUCAGAGGAAAAGCAUAUCCAGUCAUGUCCAGCGAAUUCAAAUCGUUGCACCAGAUCAGAGAGCUGAAAAACCAACAAUAUAUUCCUAUUCCCAAACGUCCGGGUCGUCAAUACGAGAAAGACAUCAUGUUAUCAUUGUUUUCUCUAGGCGUGGCUGGCGGUCUCAAGGGGUAGUGGGAGUGGCAAUCGCAUCGAGAAUUCUUUUUUCUGCAAGCGGGGUAGGGAACACGCUUGCUUUACUCGUGGAGCGAGCAGAGCGGCGCAUGGUGGAUCCGUGUGAUUC